AUGGCAAUUAAUCACCGGAAAUUGUUGUCGGUAUCAGAUUCCGGCGAAACGACGGACUGUUCCAACUGCAGUACCACCUGCCCAUACGACUGUGACUACGCACAAAUCUACUGGCCGCCGGAGCCACCACAGUUACCGCCGUCAACCACCACCAGUCACGACAGCGUCACCACCCAUCUCUCACCUUAUCUCAUCGUCAUAUUGGCGGUGAUUGGCAGCGCUGUUCUCUUCAUUAGCUACUACCUUAUUAUGAUAAGAUACUGUACUCGAUUCCGGCUACCAUCCGCCACCCAAGUCAACGAAGAAUUACAAGACUCUAUGAACGAAGAUCAUCGGCCGGAAAUUGAGCACCCCAUCUGGUACAUCACCACCGUCGGACUCCAACCGGCGGUUAUAAAUUCGAUUACGGUGGUCAAGUUUAAAAAAGGUGAUAGAUUGAUCGAUGGCACAGAUUGUUCUGUUUGUUUGAGUGAGUUUGAAGAUGAUGAAUCUUUAAGAUUGUUGCCUAAAUGUAACCAUGUUUUUCAUAUUCCUUGUAUUGAUACCUGGUUAAGAUCACACACAAACUGCCCCCUUUGUCGUGUUGCUGUUUUUUCAAACAACCCAAACUCGAUUUCACAACCGAAUGAUGGAAAUAGAAAUCACGGGUUUGGUUCGAAUCAAAUCACGCAGAUGGAAAAUGCAGAAAACAAUGGUGAUUUGGGUACGAAUCGAGUUCAAGAGAGCGGAAAUCAAGAAAAUAGGAGAGAAACGGGGAAUGGGGAUGGGGUUGAAGAUGGAAGCAAGGAUGAUCAAGAUUCAAAAAGAAGAGAAAAUGAGACUGUGGUUAGUCUAAGAAGAUCGUUUUCAAUGGAUUUAGCUACAGAAAUUGUUCAUAUGGAAUUGAAUUUAAGUUCAGAGCAUAUGAGAGAUUCAAGAACAGGAAGGAUGAUGAUGAGGUCAUUUUCAUAUGGUGGGAGAUCGAUCAUCUAAUUCGUGAAUUUAGUGCAAAUUCUUGUUGUUUUUCUUUAUUUUUAAGGAAAGUUGUGGGUUUCUUUUUGAUGGGCAAUCUCCUCCAAGGGUAAAGAGAGAAUGCUCAAUGAAAUACGUUAUAUUUUGAAAUAAAUCUGUUGAAAGUAGUC